GUUGGAGGGGGACGUCGAGGACGGCUAGGAUCGGACGCUGAAGACGGGGACGGGGCAAGGGGGGCAGUGUUCCGGGGCGGCGCCGUGCCUGUCCGGCCCUUGGCCGUCCCCAUACGGCCAUACCGACUGGCCUUGAAGAGUAAAAGAAAUCAGAGGCCAUUGUCAUUCAAAAAAAAAAAAAAUUGUUCUCGACUUGUUCUCACCUCUACAUGUAAAGAUUUUAAACCGCUUCCACUUGUAAUCCAUUGCAUCUUCUUUGUGUUUUAAUGACAAUGCAUCUGAAGCGAUUGACUAAUAUUAUUAGCUCCAUUUCUGGGAAAUCAUCUAUUUUAGACUCGCACUCUUCUUUACGGCAGAAAUCCAUCUUAAGUUUUACUACCCGCCAUGAUUUCUCCACUUCCUCUGCUGACACAACCCGCCACAUAGCAUCCGAUGUGGAGGAAAGGGGCGACCGUGAAUAUUUGAAAUGCCACAAAGGAGGAGGGAUGUUUCAUAAGUCGGCAAGUAUUGAUCCUACUGCAUCAAUAGAUUUCGGUGCAGUAGUCCAUUCUGGGUCAUUUGUGGGUGGAAAUGUUCAUGUAGGAUCAGGAACUGUUGUUGGCCCGAACGUAACUAUUGGCCAAUCGACAAAGAUAGGGUAUAAUGUUGCACUUGCAAAUUGCACAAUUGGUGAUUCAUGUGUCAUCCAUCAUGGGGUCUGCAUUGGUCAAGAUGGUUUCGGUUUCUUUAUGGAUGAGAAUGGAGCCGUGGUGAAGAAGCCUCAAGCCUUGAAAGCUCAUAUAGGGAAUAAUGUUGAGAUUGGUGCAAAUUCGUGCAUUGACAGGGGCAGUUGGAGGGACACUGCGAUAGGCGAUCAUUCGAAGAUAGAUAAUUUAGUUCAGAUAGGUCACAAUGUGGUCAUUGGCAAGUGUUGCAUGUUAUGCGGGCAAGUUGGCAUCGCGGGUUCUGUAACGAUGGGUGAUUAUGUAACUUUAGGCGGAAGGGUUGGAGUUCGUGAUCAUGUUACCAUUGUGUCAAAGGUGCGUCUAGCAGCCGCUAGCUGUGUGACCAAGGAUAUUACUAAACCGGGUGACUAUGGUGGCUUCCCUGCUGUCCCGAUUCGUGAAUGGCGAAGACAAGUUGCUAGUCGUUCCCAAACGUUGAAAUAACGGCUACCUUGGAAUUAUGACAGAAUAAAACAACCAAACCAGAUAAUCUGCGAACCUAAGUUUUGUCGACCAACAUGUGGAACACAAACGGGGCUCGCAUAUUUGAGAGUUGUGACCAUCAGAUGGAUUGGCAUGUUAAAUUUGUUCUAAACUUGAGUUCUCUUCCUUGUAUAAACCAAGAAGAGGACAAGUUUGCUUUUAUAUUUGAAGAAUGAGAAAAUGACCUGAGAAACAAGAA